ACCUUUGUGCUUGCUGACCUGUGCACUGGAUCCUGUGUGGUCUGCCUUUUGGCAAAGAGGUAGUUCUACUUCCUAGAAGCUUUCGAUCAGACCCCAAAUUGACCAUGAAUAGGAAUCAACAUGCCUUUUGAUGGCAGUCACAGGGCAUCUGACUGGAAAUUAGACCAGCCCGAUUGGACUGGUCGCCUCCGAAUCACUUCAAAAGGGAAGAUUGCCUACAUCAAACUCGAGGACAAGGUAUCAGGAGAGCUCUUUGCUCAGGCACCAGUAGAACAAUAUCCUGGUAUUGCUGUGGAGACAGUAACAGAUUCCAGCCGCUACUUUGUAAUCCGGAUCCAGGAUGGUACUGGGCGUAGUGCUUUCAUCGGCAUUGGCUUCACAGAUCGGGGAGACGCCUUUGACUUUAAUGUCUCGUUGCAGGAUCACUUCAAGUGGGUGAAGCAGGAAUCUGAGAUUUCCAAAGAAUCUCAGGAAAUGGAUACUCGUCCCAAGUUGGAUCUGGGCUUCAAGGAAGGACAGACCAUCAAGUUGAGUAUUGGGAACAUUACAUCCAAGAAGGGAGGUGCUUCUAAGCCCAGGACUUCAGGGGCUGGGGGCCUAAGCUUACUCCCACCCCCACCUGGAGGCAAAGUCACUAUACCACCACCGUCCUCCUCAGUUGCCAUCAGCAAUCAUGUCACACCUCCACCCAUUCCAAAAUCUAACCAUGGAGGUAGUGAUGCAGAUAUCCUUUUAGAUUUGGCUUCUCCUGCUCCUAUCACGACACCAGCACCAGCCCCAAUUUCUGCAAGCAAUGACUUAUGGGGAGACUUUAGCACUGCAUCCAGGAGUGCUUCCAGCAACACUAGUGUCACUUUAUAUGGGCUCCAUGGUGUUAUUCAAGGUUUUGCACCAAACAUGAUAAAAAAAUAUAGGAGAACCAUGAGAGAUCACUUUCUACUGCAAUAUGCAAUUUACUGGAGAGACACACUGCUCACUUGGAAAUGAUCAGCAUCACAUGGCAUUUUAAGCAGAUACUCGCAACUCUUGAGCUCACUGCAAUAGCAACAGGAGGUGGCUACGAAAUGAUUACCCGAGUGCACUGUGUGCUGUACUUAUUUUAUGCAAUUAUGAUUUAAUAUUGCAUCUUUAUAUUAGUUUACAUUUCUCUUGACUGUGAAUGAUGUCUAGUCUGUGUGUGUGUAAACUUUAUAAUAGAUUUGUGUGUAUUUUAUGGUAUAGUAAAUGAUAGACUAGCAUCUAUGUAUAUUUUGUGCAUUCAUGACGUACCUUUUUCUUAAAUUUUUUGAUAUUUCUAGGCUGUGUGGUUUGUGAAUUUUUUGAAAUUGUCACAAAUCUCCAAAAACUUUUUCCAGUAUAUUUAUUGAAAAAAAUCCACAUGUAAGUAUA